AUGCUGUUGAGGCAAAGUUUACUUCUGUUACUGGCUUUAUUUGCCCAAAUUGUAAGGACCCAGGGUCGACCAGCCAACACUGAUGAAGUGUUUUUGGAAACACAAUCGGAGCGGUUCACGCUCUACCUGGGUGAGCGUCUAGAUCUUAGUUGCUCAGCCAAGGAGCAACUCCAUGCUGUCAACUGGACCAAAGACCACAUGGUUGUAGCUGAUGGAGAACACACGCACCUCCGCAACGGCCAGCUGGAAAUCAAAGCGGUGGAGCUGACGGACUCUGGUCUGUACGCAUGCACCACCUUCGGCAACAUCAGCCUCUACUUCAACGUCACAGUUGAUUUGGCAUCAUCUGAGGAUGAUGAAGAAGAAGAGGAGUCUUCAUCAGAGGAGUCCAAACUGUUGGGCAGUCAGAAACUGCUGCCAAUGGCUCCACAAUGGGCUCAUCCAGAAAAAAUGGAAAAAAAGCUUCACGCGGUCCCAGCCAGUAAGACGGUGAAGUUUCGGUGCCAGGCCAGCGGCAACCCUACGCCUACUCUGAAAUGGUACAAGAACGGAAGGGAGUUCAAGAGAGACCAUCGCAUCGGAGGCUUCAAGGUCCGUGACCACGUGUGGACCAUCAUCAUGGAGUCUGUAGUUCCCUCUGACAAGGGAAACUAUACCUGUGUGGUGGAAAACAACUAUGGCAGCAUCAAUCACACCUACCAGCUUGAUGUAGUCGAGCGGUCUCCCCACAGGCCGAUCCUGCAGGCUGGUCUACCAGCUAAUCGCACCGUCGCAGUGGGCAGCGAUGUGGAGUUCGAGUGCAAAGUGUUCAGUGACCCUCAGCCUCACAUCCAGUGGCUGAAGCACAUCGAGGUGAACGGCAGCCGUGUUGGUCCCGAUGGUUUACCGUAUGUCCGCGUCCUCAAGCAUUCUGGGGUCAAUAGCUCGGAUGCUCAGGUGCUGACCCUCUACAAUGUGACUGAGGAGGAGGGCGGAGAAUAUAUAUGUAAAGUGUCCAAUUAUAUAGGAGAGGCCAAUCAGUCGGCCUGGCUGACUGUCACCAGAUAUGAGCCCACAGCUGUUACACACUACCCACCGGCCAACCACACCUACCUGGAGGUGGUCAUCUACUGCGUGGGUUUCUUCUUCAUCGCCGUCAUGAUUGCCAUCGCAGUUAUCGUCAAGAUUCGCACCUCCUCGAAGAAGAGUGACUUCAACAGUCAGCUUGCCGUCCACAAGCUGGCCAAAAGCAUCCCUCUGCGCAGACAGGUGUCUGUGGACUCCAGCUCCUCCAUCCACUCUGGAGUGAUGCUGGUUCGCCCCUGCCGCCUCUCUUCCAGUGGAUCUCCAAUGCUGUCAGGGGUGUCAGAGUAUGAACUGCCCCAAGAUCCCCGCUGGGAGCUGUCCCGGACCAGACUUGUUCUCGGGAAGGCCCUGGGUGAAGGCUGCUUUGGUCAGGUGGUGAUGGGAGAGGUGCUGGGUCUCGACAAAGAGAAGCCCAACCGGGUGUCCCAGGUUGCAGUGAAAAUGUUGAAAUCUGAUGCCACAGAGAAAGACCUGUCGGACCUGAUAUCAGAGAUGGAGAUGAUGAAGAUCAUUGGCAAGCACAAGAACAUCAUUAAUCUGCUGGGAGCCUGUACACAAGACGGUCCUCUGUAUGUGGUAGUAGAGUUCGCAUCCAAGGGGAACUUGAGGGAGUACUUGAGGGAACGACGCCCCCCAGGCAUGGAGUACUGUUACAACCCAGACGUGGUUCCUGUGGAGAACAUGGCCAUCAAAGACCUGGUGUCCUGUGCUUACCAAGUGGCUCGAGGCAUGGAGUAUUUGGCCUCUAAGAAGUGCAUCCACCGAGAUCUUGCCGCCCGCAAUGUUUUGGUAACAGAGGACAACGUGAUGAAAAUAGCUGACUUCGGCCUGGCAAGAGAUAUCCACCACAUUGAUUACUAUAAGAAGACAACCAACGGUCGUCUACCAGUCAAGUGGAUGGCUCCCGAGGCUCUGUUUGACCGGAUAUACACACACCAAAGUGAUGUCUGGUCAUUUGGGGUGCUGCUAUGGGAGAUCUUCACCCUGGGAGGCUCUCCAUAUCCCGGCGUCCCAGUGGAAGAGCUGUUCAAGCUGCUGAAGGAAGGUCACCGCAUGGACAAGCCCUCAACAUGCACGCACGAGCUGUACAUGAUGAUGCGGGACUGCUGGCACGCUGUGCCCUCUCACAGACCCACAUUCAAACAGCUGGUAGAGGAUCUAGAUCGCUGCCUGGCCAUGACGGCCAAUCAGGAAUAUUUGGAGCUCUCAGUGCCUCUGGACCAAUACUCCCCCAGCUACCCCGACACCCGCAGCUCCACUUGCUCCUCCGGCGAGGACUCGGUCUUCUCCCACGACGCUGCAGCCGAGGAGCCGUGCCUGCCAAAGCUCCCUCCCCACUCCAACGGGGCAGCCAUUAAGAAACGCUGAUACCUCAUCUCUCCAUCUAAACAUUGACAUUUUCUCCGCUCCCUGCCUCGUGGGGUAGGACUCUUCCCCAUAUUCCCAGAGAUGAAGCUAAAAAAACACUGGUGCUCUGUGAGAAAGGAGCUCUGAGUCACCUUGUAGAACUUGUUGGAUCACACGGACUGAAGUGUGCAGCGGUUUUCCAGCUCUCAGCGGUGACAGUGUUUAUGGGGCACUCUGUAUUAAUGGGGAGUGGCAGCUUGUUGGUGUCAGAAAAACAGGAUCAGACACGCACUCUUCUCUCCACGUGGACCCUUCCGUGGUUCAGAAGAAAUGGAAAGGACCCACUGUGAUCAUAUCACACUUUUGUUUGUUUUUUUUCCCCUCUAUGUCUUCAUCAGUAGUGAAGGACUAUUCUGCUUUUCAGACAAAAUCCAGAGAAAACACUACCAAGGGACAUAGAGCACCACGGUUCAUUGCAUCAUUCACUCUAUUCUUGUAAAUACAGUUAGAAAAUUAUAAAUAUGAAUAUAUAUUUACACUGUACUCUUAUUUUUAAUACCAUAAUUGAUUUAUUUUCCUUUUGUACAAGGUGGCUUUCCUUUUGAUCCAUUUUUGAAUGUAGUCAUCAGUUGGGGCAGUUGUUACAUGAGAAUCUUAAAAUUGCUGAGGAUUACAUGGCCAGUCAUCAAUGGAAUAAAAUGAUAUGUAUUGGGUUUUCUAUUUUUUUUUUUUUUUUUACUGUAAGUGCUUCUCACGACACAACCUGCAAUACAGUGUUAGUCAGUGUUUGGGGGAUCUCUCAAUGAAAAGAGAUGGAUUUAAUGAGAAUUGUUGUGUGUGUGUGAGUUUGCGACUGUGUGUGUGUCUGUAUGCUGGGUACAUGAUGAAUUUUUUUUUUCUCAAUCAAGUUAAUUUACUUCAAGGAUGGUCACAACUGUAAAUAUUCCUGGUUGAACGCCAUGCUUGUUUAAAAAAAAAAAAAAAACCUGAGUAAUUUGCUUCCGUCAACGUCAUGCACUUCCACUGUGCAUGCCUUCCAUGUGAUAAACUUUUACUGUAAAUGCUUAAACAGGAGUUGCGUUUGCUGCCAUACAGCUUCUGAUGAGGGGUUGCAGAACACGUAUGUCAUUGUAAAAAAGGAUUACAAUUAAAUAA